AUGGCCUCUUCGAUAUCCCUAAAGCCGACGAACCUUCUCCUCUCGUCUUUCUCCACAGGCAGAGUCCUCCAUUUCCGCCGCUCCCGUUUCAGCCACAGACCGUCGUCGUCUUGUCGUCGGACUCUGGUGGCUCAAUUCGGGUUCAGACCAGACUUUUUCCCCGACUCAGGCUUUUCUCUCGAUUUGAUCAAAGACCACGCCGAGAGUCUUCUCUACACCAUCGCUGAUGCCGCCGUUUCGUCCUCCGAAACCAUUGAUUCUGUCGCUGGCACCACUACUACCACGAACCAGAACAGUGAUUGGUUCUCUGGUAUUGCCAAUUACAUGGAAACUGUUCUCAAGGUGUUGAAAGAUGGGUUAUCAACUGUAAAUGUUCCUUAUUCCUAUGGUUUCGCUAUCAUUCUACUCACCGUGCUUGUUAAGGCCGCUACCUUCCCACUGACCAAAAAGCAGGUCGAAUCUGCCAUGGCGAUGAAAUCUUUGCAGCCUCAAAUAAAGGCCAUUCAGGAACGGUAUGCUGGUGAUCAGGAGAGGAUUCAGCUUGAAACUGCCAGAUUGUAUAAACUCGCUGGAAUCAAUCCCCUUGCAGGCUGCCUACCCACUCUAGCCACAAUACCAGUCUGGAUUGGGCUAUAUAGAGCCCUCUCAAAUGUUGCGGAUGAGGGACUCUUAACGGAAGGCUUUUUCUGGAUUCCUUCUCUUGCUGGUCCAACAACUGUUGCUGCAAGACAGAAUGGCAGUGGAAUCUCAUGGCUGUUCCCUUUCGUUGAGGGACACCCACCUCUCGGAUGGUCAGACACAUUAGCGUAUCUUGUCUUACCUCUGCUGCUCAUCUUCUCUCAGUACCUCUCCAUUCAGAUUAUGCAGUCCUCACAGCCUCAGAGUAAUGAUCCAGCCAUGAAGAGCUCACAAGCGGUGACGAAGCUUCUUCCGCUGAUGAUUGGCUAUUUUGCAUUAUCCGUUCCUUCUGGUUUAAGUCUUUACUGGUUGACCAACAACAUUUUGAGCACAGCGCAGCAAGUAUGGCUUCAAAAAUAUGGUGGUGCCAGGAAUCCGGUGGAGAAGUUAACUAAUUUGGUCAUGAAGGAAGAUAAAACUCAAAAAGUUGACAAAUCUAUUUCGGAACCGCUGGUUCAAAAGUCUGUCGCUGAACUGAAAAUACCGAAGGUUGGUGAAAAAGUUACACCAGAAGGGCCCAAGCCUGGUGAAAGGUUCCGGCUGCUCAAAGAGCAAGAAGCAAAGAAACGUCGAGAAAAAGAAGAGGAGAGGCAGAAAGCUGAAGCAGCUCUGUCAAAUCAAAACACAAACAGCACACAGGAACAGGAUGAAAAAUCUGAUACAGUCGUUAUCCCUGAAGUAGAGAAUGAAAAAGUCAAAGUUUCAGCAGUGCAAGAAACAACUGAUGACACUGUCGGUGUGAAUGGGAAGCCAUCCAUUCAAAAGGAGGAAGCUACGAAUGGAAAAUUCGGUGUUGGCCAUGAUACAGAACAACACCAUUCUCAUGAAACAUAG